GUUGGACAAUAUCGGCAAAAAAGCCAUUAUCGGACAUCUCUAUCUGUAAUCUUUACAAAUAUAUAAAUAUAUCAUGCCUGCAGUUCCAGAUAAUUCAAGUCACUGAUGUCAAAUGGUUUGCAAAAAUAUUUUUACGUGCAUUACCUGAUUGUUAUUCGUAAUGUAUUUGUUUGGAAAUUGUUUUUGAAAGGAAGAAAAAUCUUUUGCCAUCAAUUCUUACGUCAAGUUAAUACACACAACUAAGAAAAGUGUGGAUUCAGUUUGAGUAUGUCAUAUUUAGUUCCACAUCAUACAUACAUAUUUCCAGAGAACAAUUUUGUGCUCAAUAACAUUUUACAAAAACAAAGAAAAUGAAAUUAAGAAUGUAUUUACAAAAGAUAACGUUUAAUUUUGAUUGACAUGGUCAGAUACAACUAUUCAUCUAAAUAUAGUUGUGUAGGGGUGAUCAAGGGUAUCUCCUCUAUGGGGGUCUUGGGGCACUAGGAGGUUAACCCCUUUACUACUGUUACCCGGGGUGGCCCUUGGCAAAGGCCUAGUACCUGACAGCCCCCUAGCCAGCGAUACGGUGAAGACCUCAACGGCGGAGCAGGCGGAAGAUUUAAGAACUACCACAAGGGCUGCGAUGGCGGAAGAAGGCUGCAGCAGAAAAGGGUCCCCAGUCGUCUUGGACUCCAUGCCACUGGACCCUGACCCGAUUCUGUCAAGGAUCGUGUGGUGGCUGUCUGUGCACCAGUGUACCCAGGUUAAACUAAGUCACGCACAGGCAUCCUCCAUAAAGGGAUACACGUCAUACUUGUUCGAGUGACCGCCGAUGAUCAAGGGUGAUGGGUCAAAUGCAGAGAAUAAUUUGACCACACCUCGUGUGUGUGACAACUUUACUUUAACAACACCGCAUCCUAGAUUAUUAGUCCUGUAGCUGAAUAAGGAAAGUGAAGCAAAACUACAGUAGAAUUGUGUGACUGAUAACGAGGACAUGGAUACAGUGUUUUCAAUAUAAGCACUAUUUAAUUGGUCUAAAGCAUUUAUGACAGCUAAUCAGGCUUAGUGGAUCUGGGUCAACUCCCAUGUGUGUGUGUACACUUCUCCAUCGCCCUUACGUCUACUUUGCUUUACCUGUUCAUUGGACUCAUUCAUGUCAAUCAAGCAGACAGUCCAGGAUGCAGACCUUGACCCAGCAUGUCCCCUUCCCUCGGGCCGCUUACUCCCAAGCCCGGGAAAACCUGGUGAAGGCCAUCCCGCCCAAACUCCUCUGCUUGCUGGCCUGCGGGGGACUGGACUGUCGUUACGAAGGACCAGACUGUUGGAAAGCGAGCCAGCAGGUCAUCCGUGGCAUUUUCUCCUCAUGGGUGACCGAUGACAUCAUCGCUAUGGCACGGCCGUCCACAAUCUUGAUUGAAAAGUUCGACGUUAUAGAACAAUUUCAGAGGUUGAAUAUAAGAUCCAUCAUAAACAUGCAAGUACCUGGCGAACAUGCGCACUGCGGACCCCCUUUGGACCCUGGAAGUGGCUUCACAUACCUGCCGCAGAUCUUCAUGGAGAAUGACAGUGAGACCUUUUUAGAUACCACAAGUUGUAGUAGAGCCUUCAUUAGCUUGACCUGUACAAUUCAAUCAAUGUUUAUUUAUAUAGCCCUAAAUCACAAGUGUCUCAAAGGGCUGUACAAGCCACAACGACAUCCUCGGUACAGAGCCCACAUACGGGCAAGGAAAACCCACCCCAGUGGGACGUCAAUGUGAAUGACUAUGAGAAACCUUGGAGAGGACCGCAUAUGUGGGUAACCCCCGAGAUCCAAUACAAGACCUGUAUAAAAAAACUCUUGGCUGGAUGUGUCGUCCUGCGGGGCUUGAACCAGGGUGCACUAAUUGGAGCAAAGAGCCUACACUGCUCAAAAACGGACACUUUUUCUGUCUGAACUGCACUGCUACUGAAUGGAGCGGGAAAAGGGUUGUCUCGUCAUCGAUAAGUCGCCACGUCCGCGUGAGUCUCUCGCUUCCAAUCAGGGUGCAAGAGGGUUCACUCUGUGCAUCGCUCUCAGCAACUGAGCGUUUUUAUUCAAUAGCAAAAUUAGACGCACGGAGUGAAUCCUCUUGUCUGUAAUCCACAAUCUUUGUGGCGGACGGCAAGAGCGCAAGCUUACACGCACUCAGAGAGCCUGGCUCGUCACAAAGAAAGUGCUGUGAUAAUAUUUGGGCGUCUCGUGUGUAAACAUUGACAUGGACCAAUGAUUUGUUGGGAAGUAAAACCACCUGUACCUAAGCUCUUCAAUAUUUACUGAAGUAGAAUUUUAGCUAAUAGAGAUUGGGAUAAUUAGGAUAGGUCUUUAUUGUCAUUGCAACAAGUAAAACGAAACUAUGUUUUCAGCACAAACCCAUUCAAAAUUAGACAAACAAACAGUGUACAGGGUUACAGUACAGGAACGCUGAUAGGUCGCCACGAGGUGCCCCGUAAAAAGGUGGGAAAAAGGUAAACCUCCAUGCCAUGCACACAUAAACAUGUUACAUUUAAUCACGACAACUCGCAACAGAGAGGGGGGAGUUGGGGCCCUGGAGGUCGACUGCUGCUAUGAAGCGCUGCCAGCCGUACAUCACUCCGAAG